GCUGGGACACAGCAGAACAGCAACUCUUCACAGAUAUGACUGAGCAUCCAACCCGAGAAGGAUGAGUUCGAAGUCAAAGAAAAAGCCUCGAAAGUCCUUCAGGCCAACAGCGCCGCCCUUCAUAGACUACCUGAAAGAUAUUCUACGCCGAUAUCCAGAUGGUGGACAAAUUUUGAAGGAGCUGAUCCAGAAUGCAGACGAUGCUCGAGCCACAGAAGUGGUUUUCAUCCACGAUGAGAGAAGCUAUGGGACUGAGAGCCUUUGGACUGAUGAACUGGGAGAAUACCAGGGUCCUGCUCUCUACGCCUACAACAACGCAUCGUUCACUGAUGACGACUGGCAGGGAAUUGUGACUGCAGGGAGGAGCAUCAAGCGCAAUGACCCAAACAAAGUCGGGAGGUUUGGAAUCGGCUUCAACUCUGUCUACCACAUAACAGACGUGCCAUGUGUAUUCAGUUCUGGGCACCUUGGCUUCAUGGACCCCCAAGAAAAAAUAUUUGGAGAAAGAAAUGAAGAUUUUCUGUGGUCUUUGGAUGAUGCAGAAGACCAGGAAGCUCUGAUGACAAUGCAUGAUCAGUUCCAACCUUUUCGAGAUAUAGUUUCGCUUGUAAGCAAACAAGAAUGGUCAGAAAUCGUCACGGAGGAUCAGCGCUUUGACGGGACAAUUUUCAGGUUCUCCUUGCGCAACAAGAAAUCAGAUAUUUCAGAUAAUCUCUAUGACUCCAAUAGGGUGGCCGAUCUUUUUGACAGCUUCAUUGCGGAUGCGGACUUAAGCCUCCUGUUCCUGAAAAAUGUCACCUCUGUGUCGCUGAUACACAUCAACAUACAUGGCACUGUUAACACCAGACUGGAAGUGAAAUCAUCAGUCCUUACAGAUGUCGUUUUGGAGUCAGAGAACGAGUUAAUCAUUGAGAGUUCGACGAGGUUCAAAACGAUAACUCUCAGCUCAGGGAAAAACAAAGAAACAAAGUGGCUUGUGACAACAUGUACCAUGAAAGAAGGCAAUGUAGAAAAUCUUGACUCACUGGCAAAAAAGUUGAGCUUUUUCCCGCAAGUUGACUUGGCAUUCCCUUGUGGUGAGAAGAGAGACUGCAGUGAAAGUAGACUGAGCUGCUUCCUCCCCCUCCCAAACAAUGAAUCCAACAAGACAGGACUUCCAGUUUAUGUCAAUGCAUGCUUCGGCCUCACAGACAACAGAAGACAAAUCAAGUGGCAAGAGGAAGACCAGAAACAUGACGAACACGCUGUCUGGAAUGAACUCCUGAUGAAGGAGGUGCUGCCAUAG